AGGGCCAGGCUAAGGAGGAGAAGUUCUCCGCUCGGCAGCCCCCACCUGAGCGCUUUACACUUUCGUCCUCCUCAGCUCAAGAUGGUGGCCUCCCGAGCUAUCGGCAGCCUCGGCCGCGCCACUGCCUCCCGGAUGUUCCGCUGCCCAGGUUAUAUAUGCCGCAACUUUACAGGGUCCUCUGCUCUGAGAUCUAGAACCCAUAUUAACUUUGGAGUCAAAGGGGAUGUGGCUGUUGUUCGACUUAACUCGCCCAAUUCAAAGGUAAAUACACUGAAUAAAGAACUACAAUCAGAAUUCAUGGAAGUAAUGAAUGAAAUCUGGGCUAGUGAUCAAAUCAGAAGUGCUGUCCUUAUCUCUACGAAGCCAGGCUGCUUUAUUGCAGGUGCUGACAUCAACAUGAUAGCUUCUUGUAAGUCCCAUGAAGAGGUAACACGAAUAUCACAGGAAGGACAGAGAAUGUUUGAGAAACUUGAGAAGUCCACAAAGCCUAUUGUGGCUGCCAUCAGUGGAGCCUGCUUAGGAGGAGGACUUGAGCUUGCCAUUUCCUGCCAAUAUAGAAUAGCAACCAAAGAUAGAAAAACAGUAUUAGGUGCCCCUGAAGUCUUGCUGGGGAUCUUACCAGGAGCAGGAGGCACACAAAGGCUGCCCAAAAUGGUGGGUCUGCCUGCCGCUUUUGACAUGAUGUUGACUGGUAGAAACAUUCGUGCAGACAGAGCAAAGAGAAUGGGACUGGUUGACCAAUUAGUGGAACCCCUGGGACCAGGAUUAAAACCUCCAGAGGAACGGACAAUUGAAUACUUAGAGGAAGUUGCAGUUAAUUUUGCCAAAGGACUAUCUGAUAAGAAAAUCUCUAUAAAGAGAGACAAGGGAUUAGUAGAAAAAUUGACGUCAUAUGCCCUAAGUAUUCCUUUUGUCAGACAACAGGUUUACAAAAAGGUGGAAGAAAAAGUACGAAAACAGACCAAAGGCCUUUAUCCUGCACCUCUGAAAAUAAUCGAUGUGGUAAAGACUGGAAUUGAACAAGGGAACGAUGCUGGCUAUCUCUCUGAAUCUCAGAAAUUUGGAGAGCUUGCAAUGACCAAAGAAUCAAAGGCGUUGGUGGGACUUUAUCAUGGUCAGGUCCUGUGUAAGAAGAAUAAAUUUGGAGCUCCGCAGAAAGAAGUAAAGGACCUAGCCAUUCUUGGUGCAGGGCUGAUGGGAGCCGGCAUUGCCCAGGUCUCUGUGGAUAAGGGCCUGAAGACCAUACUUAAAGAUGCUACGCUAACCGGGCUGGGCCGAGGACAGCAGCAGGUGUUCAAAGGAUUGAAUGAUAAAGUGAAGAAGAAAGCUCUAACAUCAUUUGAAAGGGACUCCAUUUUUAGCAACUUGACUGGGCAGCUCGAUUACCAAGGUUUUGAAAAGGCUGACAUGGUGAUUGAAGCUGUUUUUGAGGACCUAAGUCUUAAGCACAGAGUGCUAAAAGAAGUGGAAGCAGUGAUUCCAGGUCACUGUGUCUUUGCCAGUAACACAUCUGCUCUCCCAAUCAAUGAAAUUGCUGCUGCCAGCAAAAGACCUGAGAAGGUGAUUGGCAUGCACUACUUCUCUCCUGUGGACAAGAUGCAGCUGCUGGAGAUUAUUACAACAGAUAAAACGUCUAAGGACACCACUGCUUCAGCGGUAGCUGUUGGGCUCAAGCAGGGGAAGGUCAUCAUUGUGGUGAAAGAUGGACCUGGCUUCUAUACCACUAGGUGCCUUGCACCCAUGAUGUCUGAAGUCCUCAGAAUCCUCCAGGAAGGAGUUGAGCCUAAGAAGCUGGAUUCCCUUACCACAAGCUUUGGCUUUCCUGUGGGUGCUGCCACACUGGUCGAUGAAGUUGGUGUGGAUGUAGCAAAACAUGUAUCAGAAGAUCUGGGCAAAGCCUUUGGGGAACGGUUUGAAGGUGGAAACAUAGAACUGCUGAAGGAGAUGGUGUCCAGGGGCUUCCUGGGUCGCAAGUCUGGGAAAGGCUUUUACAUCUACCAGGAGGGUGUGAAGACUAAGAAUGUGAAUUCUGACAUGGAUGGUAUUUUGGCAAGUCUGAAGGUGCCCCCUAAGUAUGGCGUCUCCUCGGAUGAAGACAUCCAGUACCGCCUGGUGACAAGAUUUGUGAAUGAGGCCAUCAUGUGCCUGCAGGAAGGGAUCUUGGCCACACCCACAGAGGGAGACAUUGGAGCGGUGUUUGGGCUUGGCUUUCCCCCAUGUCUUGGAGGGCCCUUCCGCUUUGUGGAUCUGUAUGGUGCUCAGAAGAUAGUGGACCGGCUCAGGAAGUUUGAGGCUGCCUAUGGAAAACAGUUCACCCCAUGUCAGCUGCUCAUUGACCACGCGAACAGUGCUAACAAGUUCUAUCAGUGAGCAGGCCCUCACCCUGCUCGCUAGACUAGCACACUAACCCAGCUGCCCGUGGUGCUGGUUCUCCAGCAGAGUGGCAUGUGGCGUCUAGAUUUAUCAGAGUAACCAGAAGGAAACAAACUCUGGCAUUGGGUGUGCACCCUGAUUAAAGUGCCUUCAGCUAUGACAGUUGCUCCCUUCUGCUGAAGUCUGGCUGUGAAUUAGUUUGCACUUCAUUAGAAGGAGGAACCACUUCCUGCUCAUGAACCCGUAAGUCCUGACACCCAAAUUGGCAGUAUCUCCAGAACCAUCUUGCUGCCUGCUCCUCUAGGGCCAGUGGUGACAGGGCAGUUCUGCACCCAGCCAAAUAUAUAACAAUAAAAACCAAACAAUUGUCAGCCUC